AUGUGGGGACUGGAGCUCCUGGCUUUUGCGGGAAAGCUGCUGGGCGCCCUGAGGAAGCCACUGGGCUCCCUGUGGCUCGGCCUGGUGCCCCUGCUCCUGUGGCUCAGGGAGGCUUUCUGGCUGGUGGGGACUGACGAGGGGCAGGGGCCGCGGGUCCGGGGGGAGCCCGAGGGGGGCGGAGAGGACCAGGAGGGCCCGGAGGACGGCAGCGACGGGCCCCUCACGCCCACCAGCGUCAACUACCACUUCACCCGGCAGUGUAACUACAAAUGUGGCUUCUGUUUCCACACGGCCAAGACGUCCUUCGUCCUGCCCCUCGAGGAGGCCCAGAGGGGGCUGCGGAUGCUGAAGGAGGCGGGUAUGGAGAAGGUGAACUUCUCGGGCGGGGAGCCCUUCCUGCAGGACCGGGGCGAGUACGUGGGCCAGCUGGUGAAGUUCUGCAAACAGGAGCUGCGCCUGCCCAGCGUGAGCAUCGUCAGCAACGGGAGCAUGAUCCGGGAGCGCUGGUUUGUGAAUUACGGCCAGUACCUGGACAUCCUGGCCAUCUCCUGCGACAGCUUCGACGAAGACGUCAACGUCCUGAUCGGCCGUGGCCAGGGCAAGAUCAACCACGUGGAGAACCUGCGGAAGCUGCGGCGGUGGUGCCGGGACUACCGCGUGGCCUUCAAGAUCAACUCCGUCAUCAACCGCUUCAACGUGGACCAGGACAUGCGGGAGCACAUUAAGGAGCUGAACCCCGUCCGCUGGAAGGUCUUCCAGUGCCUCAUCAUCGAGGGCGAGAACGCGGGGGAAGGGGCGCUGAGGGAUGCCGAGCGCUUCGUCAUCAGCAAGGAGGAGUUCCAGGACUUCUUAGACCGCCACAAGGAGGUGUCCUGCCUGGUGCCCGAGUGCAAUGACAAGAUGAAGGACUCCUACCUUAUUCUGGAUGAAUAUAUGCGCUUCCUGAACUGCAGGAAGGGGCGGAAGGACCCGUCCAAGUCCAUCCUGGACGUGGGAGUGGAGGAGGCCAUCAAGUUCAGCGGGUUUGACGAGCAGACGUUUCUGAAGAGGGGAGGCAAGUACGUCUGGAGCAAGGCCGACCUGAAGCUGGACUGGUAGGGCUGCCCGCCGGCCUCCCGGGCUCCCUCCCGCUGCGCCCGUCCCCAUGUCGGACUCUGUUGCACACGGUAGCUGAC